AUGGCCACCACACCCCCGAAAGACCUCGAAUCCCUCCCCACAAUCUACUGCCACGCCUGGGCCGCUCGCGACCCAUCCCCCCUUCUAGCUCUUUUCACAACAGACUCCUGCAUGACAGAUCACGGCGCCCAAAUCCACGUCCCCUACGCCUUCCUCAAACGCCACCACAAACACUGGAACGGUGCGCACAAGGACUUUGAAGUCUACCUCGACAAGCAGUACCCCGUCUACUGGGCCGAGAUGGACGCCGACGGCAACGGGUACUGCAGCUUCCGGACCGUCAACAAGGGGAUUUUCGUCAACGACCUGGGACGACGAAAGGCGACGGGGUUGCCGUUUGAGUAUUCGGGUGUUAUUGAUCUCAAGUUGAGGGCGGGCAAGAUUGCGCAGGCAGAUGAGUGGUUGAGGGUUCCUUUCGAAGAUAGUGUCUCGCCUGAUAAGUAUAUCAAGAUCUCGGAGGAGAGUUUGAAGGGCGUGAUGAGGAAAGACCUUCAUAAAGAUGCUUGA